CCUCAAUGUUCUUCUUCGUGGUACAAUACAAAAUAUUAUCAUUUCUUCUUCUAAGUAGAGAGUAAAAAACAAAUUAAAGAUGUCAAAUACACUUCGUCUGGCUGUUGCUGUUCUUGGCAAUGCUGCUUCAGUCUCACUUUAUGCGGCGCCAAUGGUUACAUUUAAAAGAGUAAUAAGGAAGAAAAGCACCGAGGAAUUUUCAUGCAUUCCUUACAUAAUUGGAUUGUUGAAUUGUCUUCUUUUCACAUGGUAUGGGUUACCUAUUGUAAGCUACAAAUGGGAAAAUUUUCCUCUUGUAACCGUUAAUGGAGUUGGAAUUGCUCUUGAGUUAUCCUAUGUUCUUAUAUACUUCUGGUAUUCUUCGCCUAAAGGAAAGGUGAAGGUAGCUAUGAUCACGACACCUGUUCUACUUGUGUUCUGCAUAACCGUAGCUGUUUCAACUUUUUUCUUGCACGAUACAACUCAUAGAAAGUUACUUGUUGGUAGCAUAGGUUUAGUUGUUUCUGUAGCAUUAUAUGGUUCUCCUCUUGUUGCAAUGAAGAAAGUGAUACAAACAAAGAGUGUGGAAUUCAUGCCACUACCAUUAUCUUUGUGUGCUUUUUCAGCUAGUGUAUUCUGGUUAGCUUAUGGAAUCCUUGUUCGUGAUGUAUUUGUUGCGGGUCCUAGUCUGGUUGGAACUCCCUUAAGCAUACUCCAGCUUGUGAUUUACUUCAAAUACAGAAAAGAGAGGGUUAUGGAAGAAUCGAAAAUUGGGGAUUUGGAGAAGGGUAGCAUAGAGUUAGAGAAGGUGGUGAAAGUGGAAAAGAUUGUCACAAAUUGUGAACAAUGUUGAUGUUAUUGAGGGAUAAAAGUUCAAGGAUUUUAGAGUUCUAUCAAGUAUCAAGAUUCCUUCUUUUAUGUGUUUUUUGAUAUUUUGUAAUAAUGAAAUGUCUCCCUGUGAUGGGUGUAGCAAUCUAAUAAAAUUCUUCUCAUUAUGAAUAAGUUGACAAAUCCAAGAAGUUUUGAAUAAGUUUAGAUACUCUAAAAUUAGCUUAUGGAAUUACCAGGUUCUAUUCAAUAAAUUUUAAAUAAAUUCUAAAUUUAAAUUGAUUAUGCCUA